AUGUGGUCUGCGGCCUCCACGAUGCCUCUCGAGAUCAACAUUGACGAUCACUACUCGUCCAAGAUCUAUACCAGCGGCUCUCACAUCACAGGCACCGUAUCUGUCUGUCCAGACAGCCGUACUCCCUUUCACUGCAUCCAAAUCGCUCUCAUGGGCACCUCUCACACUCGGGUCGACAUGCUACCCGUCCCCAAGAUCACCACCGACGUGUUCCUCAACCUAGACAUGCCCAUUACGAAGACAUCCUAUCCGCAAGGACGGGUCUUUGCGGCAGGAGAAACCCAAACUAUCCCAUUCAACUUCACCAUACCACGAGAACUACGCAAAGAUGCCUGUGAGGCUGCUUCAGGCGAUCACUCCCACGAUCAACACAUGCGACUGCCUCCAACAAUGGGUGGUUGGGGCAAAGACGACAUGUCACCCACGAUGGCUCAAGUCGAGUACAAGAUAGUUGCUCGACUGCUUCGCAAGAGAUCCUCCAGCCCAAAAGAUACUACUGAGGUCAGUCAGCGGAUCAUGGUCCUCCCAGCCUUUGCCGAAGACCCACCCCUGAACAUCAACAACCACGAUGCACGAUACACGCUAUCCAGGACCAAGUCCGUCCGCAGAAGUCUUCUUUCUACACAGAAGGAUCGCAUCUUUAUCAAUGCGCUUCAGCCUGAAGCAGUCUACAUCAGCAUCGGCGGCCAUCAGCUCCCCGACUCUCACGCCUCCGUAACACUGGACCUAAGCUUUGAAUCCAACUCCUCAUUCUCAUUCCCACCGGAAGUCACUCUGGGCCACGUCAAGCUAGACACUCAGACGUGGUUCACAGGAACCCCCAUGAAGAUGUCGCCCGACCUAGGAAACCCCCGCGAGGCGGCUGGACUGCGCCAUGAGCUGCGGUACUCUACCCAAACCAAGCUCCCUACGACAGACACGGGAGUCAUCCUAUGGCACAAGGACGACCAGGCAGAAAACUGCAAGAUGUUCUCCUGGCGAUCAAGAACCAAGGUUCCUAUCCGCCUCCCUACGGCACAUAAGAUGUUCCUGCCCACUUUCUUCAACUGUUUCAUUGCUCGAAGCUACAUCUUGCGCAUGUCUGUCAAUUUCAACGGCUCCAAGACCAAUCUUUCUGUUCCGCUGCAGAUCGCGUCGCAGUCGCUCUACCCUCAAGUGAUGGAGCCAGAGGUGGAGGACCUGCCAUCCUUUGACGCAUCUCUUGCUUGGAGAUGA